AGCGAGAAGAAUUUCUUGAGAAGGGGAUGCGGAUAACCUAUAAAACGAGCUUCGGUCUCGUUACCCUGUCAUAUGUGUUCACGUUGACGCACGUAGAGUAUCAAAUACGAGGACAACUUUUACGAAUCGCGUUGCUUGUUCUAUUCGCGAUUCUAAUUGACGACAUGCAUCGUAAGCUUCAACUGGGUUUUUUCGCUUUCUCGAUUAUAUUGCUACUAUGUUUGAUUUUGAAUACUGGAGUUGAAGCUCAAUUGAAUUUUUCGACUGGUUGGGGAAAAAGAAGUCAAAGGAUCGGAGUUGUCGAAUGGGGUGUUAGAACCGAGUGUGCUACGCAAGCUAAACCUACAGUGGAACAAUUGCUAAGUGUUUACCAUUUGAUACAGAUAGAAGCGCGAAAAAUGUUGGAUUGUCGGAAAUUGAACGAAUGAAUUUGAGAGUAAUUCGAUUAAUAUUAGAGGAAACAUCGUAGAUUAAACGUUGGAUUGUUUGAGAAAGUCAUUUAAAUUGUACGAUUUUAACAAUCAUUGGCUGAUUUGUUUGAAAGCAUCGGAUAAUUAGCUUCACAUAUCCGGUUCUAGCAAACGAAGAAUUGCUUGAAAUGUUUUUAGUCGCACGAAUGUGCCUUAUAAAAUUAUCGAUACGAAUGAUAAUAUAAUAAUAAUAAAGAAAAAAUAUAAUUUC